AUGGCCGCUCCUACUCCCAACAACCCCACUCUCGCAAAGACCAACACCAUGUUCAGCAACAGCGACUCCGAGUCCGACGGCCAAGCCAGCGGCGGCCGCCGCCAACUCGUCAACACCCAAGGCGGCCCUAACUCCUCUCUCCCCCACCUACCUACCUCGAGCGGCCUCUCCCAGCCCGCCGGCCAGAUGCUCCGCGGCGCCGUCGACGACAACGGAAGGCCUACCAAGGCCGCCCUUCUGGUCGGCAUCAAGCUUGAUCUUGAGGCCGAGGUGCACUUGACCGCUCGGGUUCGUGGUGAUAUCUGCAUUGGUCUCUACUAG